AUGUUCGGCGAAGCACUACGCGGUCACGUGACAACCCGCAUCCUCUCCAUUGCCACUCGGAUCAAUUCUGAAGUUUACUACGACGAUUUCAUUGGGAAUGCAGAUCGGACAUUAUUCAAUAAGCCAAUAAACAAGGCAGAAGAUCGGCUUUUUUCGACCGCUAUGGCCACGAACGCAUUACAGAGAAUUUGGACCAUGUACAACGAGACUUCAAAGCGCAAUAACUGGAUUCACCAAACUCCGAGUCUUGUUCGGGAAACUGUGAAUAAAACGAUUGAUUAUCUUCAGAAGAAUAUCUUCAAUUUACAAUUCAAGCCGUCGAAUGCUUUUUACUCAGGUUCAGUAAAAGGAACGACGACUCUUCCCUUUGUUUAUCCUGCAAAUCGUAAAGUAGGAAUCCCGAAUGCCAAUUACUUCUUGUACGGAAUGGAGAGUGUUAUUUCCGAGGAAGAAUAUUUGAAAAUGACCAAGGAACCACAUGUUCAGAACAUGACCACUCCGAUGGAGUUUCAUGGUUUUAAUAAUGACAGUUCUGCUUUUCCUUUUUGGAAUUCUCCGCCUUAUACUUACGCCACAGCCCUCCUGGCUUUAAGCCAGAUUGUUUUGGAACGAGAAAGGAAAGGAAAGGUAAGAUCAAUUAUGGGAAGUAGAAAUCUUGGUUCCUCUUUCACAGCAACCCAACGGCUGAAUCGCUCAAGUCUGAGAUCAAACCAAGAUAGCAAAACCAACCAUGAUGAAGACACACAAUGUUAUUUAUUUCAUAAGCACAUCCUUGGGAAGAUGUCAAAAUUGAGGCCUUUGUUCUUCAGUGAGAAAGCAUUGUUCAUGGGACUGAUGGCCUUCCGUUUCCUGAAUGCCUUCAUGAUUCAGACUCAGUACGUCCCUGAUGAAUAUUGGCAAUCUCUUGAAAUUGCACAUUCAUAUGUGUUUGGUUAUGGCUACAAGACAUGGGAAUGGAAGAAUGGACUGCGAGGUUUUCUCUAUCCUUCUGUGUUUGUUGUCCUCUUCAAAUUCUUGGAUAUUUUUCGACUUGAUUAUCGCAUUCUCCUGAUCAAACUGCCAAGAAUUUUACAAGGGAUUCUUGCAGCUACUGGGGACUUGUAUUUAUACAAAUUAUCAUCUCGUUUAAGUAACAAAAGUGUGGCCCAAUGGACGCUGGUCUGUCAGCUUCUCUCCUGGUUCACCUUUUACACCUACACUCGGACACUGACCAAUGGGGCUGAGACAGCUCUCACUGUUAUUGCUCUUUAUUACUACCCCUGGCCAGCCACUAAAUCUGUAGGUCAAAAUUCCACCAUCAAAUUUCUUUUGCUGGCUGGUAUCUCUGUGAUUGUACGUCCAACUGCUGCUAUUACAUGGAUUCUGAUGUGUGGCUGGCAUGUCCAACGACAGUUUUCUAUUAGAAUUUUUCUUCAGUAUUGCUUUGCAAUUGGGACAUGCCUUUUGCUCUCUAUCCUGGUUGACUUUGUCGGUUAUGGGCGCCUUGUUCUUGUACAUUACAACUUUUUCCAUUUUAAUGUAAUGUCUGAUCUUGGAGCUUUCUAUGGUUCCCAUCCAUGGUACUGGUAUUUCUUGCAAGGCUACCCUGUUGUCAUGGCAAUGCACCUAUUGCCUUUCAUCUUUGGUGUUGUAAAAGCAAAGAACAAAGUACUCUUGGUACUUAUUCUAUGGACAAUGCUAAUCUACAGUUUCCUCAGUCAUAAAGAAUUCCGCUUCCUGUUACCCAUAGUCCCUCUGUCAAUGUAUUACUGUGGAAUCUUCUUUCACUCUUUGUGUCAAGAUACAGAAUCAGCAGAAAGUGAAAGUGAAAGUUCUCUGGCCAGUGACAAUGUGCGCCAACCUUCUGGUCGGAGACAGGUUAGCAGUAGCGGAGAUGAUGAGCACAAAUCUCGGCUAUCCAUGGUGUACAUCCUGCUGAUUCUUCUGCUAGUAACUAAUGUGCCUAUAGCCCUUUAUUUUAGUCUCAUCCAUCAAAGAGGCACUGUGACAGUUAUGAAAUACCUGCAUGAUGAAGACGUAAACAGACCAGCCAAUGUCCUAUUUUUAAUGCCUUGCCACUCAACACCUUAUUACAGCUACUUGCACCGUUAUGUGAAGAUGCGGUUCCUGACAUGUGAGCCAAAUUUAAAUCAGGAUGUUGGUUAUGUUGAUGAAGCCGAACAGUUUUACAAUGAUCCAGUCAGAUGGCUGGAUGCAGAAUUCACUCAACUAGCUGCACACAAACAACCAACACACAUCGUCUACUAUUCAUCGCUCCAUGACACCCUCUUGCCUUAUUUAAACCAAUACAACUAUUCUAAAUGUGCACAAUUCUUCCACACACAUUUCCCAGAUGGAAGAGUUGAUUCAGAAAUCUUUGUCAGCUGUAGGCUUUAA